AUGUUGAAAGCGGCAAAAUACCUAGUUAAGACAAGUGAAUUGUUUUACAAUGGGCAUAGAGAGGUUCAGGAAAAUUGGCUUGAUAAUCGUGAUACUAGAGCCAAUGAUGCUAUUGCAAAUCAAAAUAAUAUACGGAAAGAAUUCCUCAGUAAUUCACACUCAAGCACUGGUGAUGCUGAAAUACAUUCAACUGAUCCUGUACCUAAAAUUACUAUUUCUGAAGCUACUAAAAGACAUUAUAAUUACACCGAACAAUUACUCACAGACUGUAAAGACAAUGGUAAUGAUGAAUGAUGUGAAAUUGAGGAGAGAACUUCAGGUGUUACAUAUACUCUGUUACAAGGACCAGAUAUGACUGAAAAUGUUGAAAAUAUAAUAACUUUUGCACCAGUAGAGGGAAACAAACCUUUCGGUAUAAUUAUCGACAAAGACUCUGAAUUCCUUUCAUUUCCAUCUAUUUAUUGUGGUAAAACUCGAGCUGAUAAUAAGUACAGAACAAAACCUGUCCAUUACAUUAAAAUAUGUAAGAGGGAACUCAGAAGUCAAGAUAGAAGAGUAACACAAUCAGUAUAAACAUCUUUUAUACAUUAAAAAAGUUGCAAAUAAACAAAUUCAAAUAGUGCCUACAUCUCUCUAA